AUGUUCUGGACAAAGGUAGAGUUGCUGGGCGCCAUUUGGGACAUCAUAAAAAUUCAACAGACGGUGGUGGAAGAGAAGGGCAUUCUUCAUUGCGAUUGCAGUCUCAACAAUUCAAUGAUCGAAGACGAUGGUGAUGGAUCCCACAGAACCUUAAUUGAUUGGGAGUUUACUGUGUUUAUUGCUCAAGGUCAAAAAUACGCUAGAGGUGGGACAGGCACAUUGCCUUUCAUGUCACGGUCGCUCCUGUUCCAGCUCUCCGAGGCUGUCAGCAGUGUUGCAACCCUUGAACACAGCAUGAAGUGUGCUUCGAGUUCCCAUGUGACUCAAGCCCGCCUUAUCAUAUACCGCUAUGAAGAUGAUCUUGAGUCAGUCUUCUAUGUCUUCAUAUGGAUCUGUAUUGGAUACAGGGGUCCCCUUGGCGUUAAGCGUGUCCUUGACAAAAGCCAUGACUGGCUACUGCACAAAUGGUCUGCCACCACAUUCAAGGCCUGCAACGAUGAGAAGACUAUGUUCUUUUACCAUUCGCAUGCGCACAAGUUCAAGGAGCAAUUCCACCCCUAUUUCAAAAACCUCAUCCUGCUCGCGGUGGAAUGGUACAAAUUGAUCAGGAAUAAAGGACCAUCGAACACAAUAACUUUACAGGAGAUCCUUGAUUUUCUGGACAACCACCUCACCAGACUUCCACAGGAGCUUUCCCCCAAGCUUCUGUUUGCACGGAAGGUCCUCAAAGGACUCCCACUGCCUGAUACUUCAAGUUCUCCAGUUGGUGGCGAAAGCUCGAAGCGAAAGUUGUCAGACGGUGAUAUAGUAGAGAUACCCGGGCCAAUCACAGUUCAUGACGUGACACAUGGGGGUCGGAUCUGGACGAUGGAACCUACACCGCAGCCCAAGUGGAACAGAACUACAUAA